AUGAAGAUCUCUGUUUUGGCAAUCUCAGCUCUUUCCUUGGCAACCGCCGAGUCUGAAAGUGCUUCGCUUCGCCGGCGCCUUUCCUUUGAAAAGAUCGCUGGAUAUGCCCCAGGAUCACAGGUGACUGAUCACUGUGCCAUCGAUCUUGACCAAGCUGCCAUCGAGGUCGAACUCGCAAAGGGAACCAACGAUGCGUUUGCUGCUGCUUCUCGAAUCUACAAUCAGGGUGGAAACUCAAAGUCUUAUGCUCAAAUCACUUUGACUCCUGCACUGACAACUUCUGUUGCCAAGGGGACAUCUAUCCUAGGCAGAAAUGCUGCUGGUAUGGAAGUGGCUGGAAAGGCAUACGAAACCUACCAACCAGGAACACAAGUCAUCUGGGUCCAAUAUGCUACUACAGACAUCCAAGCUAGCUAUGUAGACUGUCAGGUUGGCAGCCUCGUGAAUGCCAAUAUUGAAGGAUGUUUUGCAGCCAAUGGUAGCAUGAACAUCAAUGGCAACGAGUAUGCUUACGUCUACGAUCCAGCCACCGAUAACAACAAUGGUCGGACCAUUGCCGGGUUCUCGACUACCGCAGCCGACAGGAUGCGCACCAACUGUCCAGGAUGUCCUUACGAAGACUUCAUGUAUUUCUACAAUUACUAUGGUGUCGAUGACUAUGCUCAUCAAUGGGUCUCCGCCGCCUUGGAUGGAACUGCAACAAGCUUCUCCAAUGGAAACGCAGAUUUCUCUAAGUACUCCUUUGUUGGCCGUUCUGAAGCCGUCAAGAAGGGAACUGUCUUCAUGAACAUUUUCAUGUAUGUCAUCCGUGAGUUUGAGGAUGCUUUGGAUGACUGUCAGCGUGGAUGUGUUGACUGCAACGAUGAUCCCGUCCAUGCUUGGGACGAGGGUGUUUGCUUCUACACUGGCUCCAUUGAAGGAAAGGAUGGGCUCACUCCAGAUGGAAAGCUUCUUCAUCAGCUUGCGGACAAGCGCUGUGCUAACUUCAAGACUUGUGGUGAGGAAGGUGGCCAGCUCUCCGGAACUGCUAAGUUGAACUACGAUAUCUUUGACCAGUAUGCACUCGGCAAGUUCCAACUCCAAACCGGAAACUGUCCAGCUGCCCGCAAGACAACCGCGGCAAUCACCAAGUUGAUGUACAUUCCUUUCAUCCAAGGUACUUUGCGAUAUGCUUACAAGGUCGGUGUCUUGAACGAAGGCGAAAAGGCGGCUGCGGAGGGCGCUGUCUUUGCCGCUGCCGUCCUACCCCGCAUCCACGCAGCAAGCCCAGACGCAGCCAAGACCAUCUAUGACAACAUGAAGGUCGGUGUCACUAGCACAGAUCACCUGGCAGUAAAGCAAGCCUUCGAAUCCGUGUAUGCUGAUUUGGGAAUCACUUGUGCCGACGUUGGUGGAUUGUGGAACGAUGCCAUGGACGGUUACUACGAAGGAAUGGGACCUUGUGCUGACGCAUCCACUUCCAGUAUCGAAGUGGAAGAGGACAAGACCCUUGCUGCCGCCCUUGGAGGAACAUUUGGGGGAUUGUUCGCGCUUGCUCUCUUGGCAUUGUGCUUCAUGCGGAACAAGGAAAAGCAAGGAAAGCCUGUUUUCGCUGACACUGAAACCGACAUCAACUAA